AUGGAAAUAGAAUUUGACAGUAAAGGCUACAAGAGGCUGUACAGUAACGUGAUAGAUUCUAGAUGGGUCUACAAAUGGAAAGCAGAUGAAACAGGCAAGAAAGUGAAGGCCAAGGCUAGGCUUCUAGCGAAGGGCUUCAAGCAGAAGCAUGGCGUGGAUUAUCUGGAGACUUUCUCGCCUACUGCAAAUGCUGCAUCAAUUCGUUGGUUGGUAGUAUUGGCGUGCAAUGAUUUAGAAUUUCUCCACUUUGACAUUGAGCAAGCGUUUGUUCAGUCGGAAUAGGAUCACGAGGUGUUCAUGAAGUUGCCUCCUGGCUGCGCUUCGAUGUCAGGAAAGGUAGUCCGUUUAGGCAAAAAAGUUUUGUAUGGACUGAGACAGGCAUUAAGAACAUUUCACAGGAGACUUGUGUCGGACCUGAAGAGGAUUGGUUUCAAACAGUCUCUGUCUGACCCCUGUGUUCUUCCUUCCGUGAUGGGAGACGAGGUGUUGGGUAUGAUUGCGAUUCAUGUGGAUGAC